UCUUUAGACCUUUCUCUCUGUCGAAGUGGCUGCAGACCGAAUCGACCGUGCGAAGAGGCUACAGGCUCUCCCCCCUGCUGCCGCGUGCUCCCCGCGUUUGUCCAUCAACAGAAAGACGCGAACAAACUUUUGGUGAUAUCUCUUUUUUAUUUUUUACGCACAGGUUCCCCGAUUUGGACAAGCAGUCGAGAAUAUCUCUACUCUACCCGCUUUCCCCCACCACCCGCGCGAUUUUCACAAAAACUUCAAGAGGUACCAUGCAAGUUUAUUUGGCUGUGAUAUUCGCUUAUGGAGUCUUGGCGCUCAAUAUCACAGAGGAGAAGGCGACAUGCCCCCUUGGAUAUUUCCCCUGUGGCAAUUUGACCAUGUGCCUCCCUCAGCUCAUGCACUGCAAUGGCAUCGAUGACUGUGGAAAUCAGGCAGAUGAGGAGAACUGUGGAGAUAAUAAUGGAUGGCCCCAUCUCUUCGACAAAUAUUUUGGCAUGCCGAGCUAUAAUACUGGGACCAAGUCCAAUGUAUGCUUGCUGGGUGCCGUUCCUGAGCUCUGCCAGUGCCGAGACCUUGAGCUGGACUGUGACAGCACACAGCUUCAAGAUAUCCCAGUGGUGGCGAUGAAUGUCACCAUGAUGUCUCUACAAAGGAACCAUCUUUGGAGGCUGAGAGCAAACAUAUUCUUUAAGUACCAGAGCCUACAGAAACUAUACCUUCAGCACAAUAAGAUUCAAGAUGUGAGUCCUGAUGCAUUCAGAGGGCUGUAUAACCUAACAAGACUAUAUCUGAGCUACAACAAGAUAUCCAUCCUGAUGCCAGGGGUGUUCCAGGACCUUCACAAGCUGGAGUGGCUGAUCCUUGAAAAUAACAACAUCCAUCAAAUAUCCUCCAUGACCUUCUCAGGAUUGAACUCUCUUGUUUUACUGGUUCUGUUGAACAACUCUUUGACAAAGCUGGAUGACAUCUGUCGAGAAAUGCCAAGAUUGAACUGGCUGGAUUUGGAGGGAAAUCUCAUAGAAACCAUUGGAAAUGUCUCAUUCUGCUCAUGCAGUAUGCUGACAGUUCUGGUUUUACAGCGAAACAGGAUCAGCCAUAUACACGAACAGGCUUUCUCUGUCCUCCGAAAGCUCGGAGAAUUGGACCUAUCCAACAACAGACUGGUGACAAUUCCACCCAAUCUCUUUGUCUUACUGGGGGAUUUGCUCCAACUGAAUAUAUCAUACAAUACCAUUGUGGAGCUCCAAGUUGACCACUUUGACAAGCUGCAUAAGCUCAAGUCAUUGAGCAUAGAGGGGAUAGAGAUUGGAAACAUACAACGGCGGAUGUUUGAACCUCUCAAAUACUUGACUCAUAUCUACUUUAAGAAGUUCCAGUACUGCGGCUACGCUCCUCAUGUGCGCAGCUGCAAGCCAAACACUGACGGCAUCUCGUCCUUCGAGGAUCUGCUGGCCAACAUCGUGCUGAGGGUCUUUGUCUGGGUGGUGUCUGCCACCACCUGCUUCGGCAACAUCUUUGUCAUCUGUAUGCGCUCGUACAUUCGCUCGGAGAACAAACUACAUGCCAUGUGCAUCAUCUCCCUCUGUUGUGCAGACGGCCUGAUGGGCAUCUACCUCUUCAUGAUUGGUGCAUAUGACCUGAAGUUUCGAGGAGAGUACAAUAGGCACGCUCAGGCCUGGAUGGACAGCAGUCAGUGUCAGGUCAUCGGCUCUUUGGCCAUGUUGUCCACUGAGGUAUCCGUCCUGCUCCUCACCUAUCUCACUCUGGAGAAGUACAUCUGCAUCGUCUACCCUUUCCAGUACUUGACACCUGGCUGGCGAAGAACUGUCACCAUCCUCCUCGGGAUUUGGGUGUUUGGCUUUAUUGUUGCCUUCCUGCCAUUGGCCUGUAAGGGGCUAUUUCGUAACUUCUACGGGACCAAUGGCGUUUGCUUUCCGCUGCACUCGGAGCAGCCUGAGACGCUAUGGGCUCAUGUUUACUCCAUCGUUAUUUUCCUGGGUCUGAACUUGGUGGCGUUCCUCAUCAUUGUUCUAUCAUAUGCAAGCAUGUUCUAUAACAUCCAAAGAACAGGCACUCAAACCACAAAAUACAGCAACCACAUCAAGAAAGAGGUGACCAUCGCCAAAAGGUUCUUUUCCAUCGUCAUUACUGACUCCCUUUGCUGGAUUCCCAUUUUCAUCCUCAAGAUCCUGUCACUGCUGCAGGUGGAGAUUCCCGGCACCAUCAGUUCCUGGGUGGUCAUAUUUAUUCUCCCCAUCAACAGCGCUCUUAACCCCAUCCUUUACACACUGACCACACGGCCUUUCAAAGAGACCAUCAUGCAGGUGUGGGCUAACUACCGGCAGAAGAGGCCACUGCUCAGCGGUCACCCAGCUCAUCAUCCGUCGCUCACCUGGCAGGAAAUGUGGCCCCUGCAGGAGAACAGCCAUGGCCUCACCCCGGGGCACCCACUGGAAAUGACAAGUGCGCUCGCCAAGCUCACCCCUGUGGAAAAUGCCAACGAGGAGUACAAUGGCACUGCUGCGUGCACGCAGCAGCAACAGAAGCAGCACACAGUCCUGUCAGUACGCUCACAAAAACAAACACCAAACAUGCUCACAAACAAUCACACACACACACAAACAAAUGAACUCAUUUAGGUGUCUUAACACCAAGUAAAUGCAAUUCAGGUUCAUUCAUCUCUGCAAGUAAGAGUAUUAAACCUGUUUAAAAAUACAAUUUAAACUGUAUUUUUAAAUGUGUUUAUAGUCAUAUAAUUUAUUUAUAAUUAACUCCUUGAUUUGUGCUCAGAUUUUUCCUUUGUGAUUAAAAAUCAUAGUUUUCAUUAAUGUUUUUGGACAUCCCACUGUGUGCCGCCAUCACAGCAGAGGGGUGAAGUCAGUGCAGAAAUCCCUUACAUGGCAGUACAGUUUGCCUAAUGAAGAAAAAAUCUCUAUCAAUACAGAACUGAAGUCCUGCCCCAGUUCUUGUUUAGUUUUUGUUCCACUAGUUUUCAUUGCUCAGUUUUAUUUCUCACAGAGGCCGUCUUUCAUUAUUCUCACUGGAAACUAAAAGAUGAUAGUGGAGUGUUCAGUCUAAGAUGUAACUCAAGAUUCACUUACCAACUCUUUCACUUUUAUCUUGCCAUGGAUUUUACUAAAAUAAUAAUAAUAAUAAUAAUAAUCAGUGUUAUCUUUGUUAAAAUGAUGAGAUGCUGAAAUUUUAUUAGCCAGCAGUUAUUUUCUUUAGAAUACAAACAAAAAUAAAACAGUGUGUAGCUUUUUAGAAAGACCAAUGAAAGUAACCCACUAUGGCUGUAGGCUAGCUUAAAAAGAUACCAGGGACUGUGGCUCUUUAAUACAUCAAACAUAAAUAUCACUAAUGUGUAUCAGUGUUUUGAAUCAUAGCUAUAUUACAGGGGUCUUAAAGCUUACAGAGUAUAUAUAUAUAUAUAUUUUUUUUUUUUUUGAAUGACAUGCCUCAGCCUUUGACUCCAGUAUUGCUCUUACUGUCAACAAAUCCCAUCAAAACACUAGAAUAUCCUCCAACAUUCACUAUAUGACUGAUUGUAUCCAUUGCUCUGUUUGUUGUCCCAAGCAAUUACACAUUAAUCCGCCCAUGCUAUUACACUGGUUGGCAUGUUCUUUUAUUACCAUAAACAGAGCCACAGCAAGUUGGUGUACGAGACUCCCACAUACAUCAUCCUACUGUCAUGAAUACUCAUUAGUACACCACCUCCACAGCUGGGAAUAGUCCCAAACAAACACACUACAUACAUUUGCUAGAAGCAAUCAUGAAGCCUUUUUUAAUAAAAUGAAACUAUAUAUUGCCGAUUGUUUUUAAAGAUUUGUGUAGUCUCUGGGAAUGAGUGGACAAGGGGGCUGCAAGCACCAGGCAGGGGAAGAUUGAAGAGAUACUGAGAGACAGGUUAAUACAUUGCUGGUUUUUUCACAAAUGCCAAAGUAUCACCAGCUGUAACCAUUAACUCCAUCCAAAAUGACUGCCAUAAAAACAAAUUGGAUUUUCUUGCCUAAAGGUAAAGUUCUCGAGUUGACAAAAAACAAACAUUAUGUCCACAGUUAUCUACAGUCUUUACCAUAACCCCCCUGCGUCCGCUAGUUCAUCAAGUUUGUUCCUUUCCGCUUGAAUUUGAGAUUUAUUUUAGUUUAGCCCUCGACCCAGGUGUACCACAUUUUUCUAAACCAGAGCUAGUCCCUCAGUAUCAUUGUCCCUCUGGGAUUACUGUGCCAUCAACACCAAGAGGCCCAGUAAAGGAAUCUCAAAGGACUACCACAAACUUUAAUACAAAUCAACAGGCACUGAACAACAGGGAACAGGCAGGAUACUACAUCAGCGUCAUGUUACAUCAGUGUUACAUCAGCCACGGAUUACUCAGACCACUGACUAUAUACAACUAUGUGAGGCUCAUAGAUUCACAUUUUCCUGCCACUAAAUCUGGGCAGACAAUGCGCAUUUGUAUUAAUUUUGUACAUUAUGUACACAUUUUAAUUGGCCUUCCUGCACAGCCAGAACCUAUGACUUGUACAGGUCAGGCGACUGGCCACAGCAAGAUUCAAGAUCAAGAGUGUUGGAAAAAAAGAGAGAGAGACAGCAUAACUUCAACUAUUAAUGGAAACUAAGAGGAAAAAAGUAAACUAUGGAGCCACAGAUGGCUGAGUUACAGACAAGUCUGUUCUGCUACCAAGUUUAGUUUUAUGUUCCAGCAGUCUCUCUUUUUAGACUUUUAGUUACACCAUGAAAAAUUAUUCCAGUAAUAUUAAAAAGAGCCCACUGCAGUAUACAGCAGAAGUUCAUCCAACCAUGUCCUAAGCCAGAACACUGAUCAUUCAGUCAGUUAGUCAUAAGUAGUGACCCCCUCAAACUGCAUAUCAAAGGAUCUUGCAAAAAUUUGACCUGAUAUAUAGAAUUAGUCUGGAAUGACCAUUUGUUCAGUGACUGUCUGAUCUAUUGUACCACAAUAAAAAUAGUGACCCAAAACUUUUGGUUCUGAUGCCUCUGACACAGUGGAGAAGUGCAUUUGUAUACUGUUUUUGUGUUCAAAACACACAAAUUACUCAAACAGCAUUCGGUCCUGCUACAGCAGCUUUCACUGAUUGUAGUGGCAGCACUCAGUGAUGAGAGCACGCUGCGAGUUGACAUGUCUCUUUUGUAGCAGUAUAAUUAUCCUCUUUACAGUUUUUUUUUCCUAUAACUUCUAGAUCUAAUUGUAAGAUAUAAAAUCAUCAUGGGCAGAGUAAUGAGAACAUGAUGGUCCCAGUGCUUCUGUCAUUUCUUUGACAUGGCUUGUGUAUUUGACUAAACUGAGACAUUAAAAUUAAAAUGCUGGCUGAGUCAAGUAAGCCACCGCCAAAACCAAAAUGUCUUAGUUAAAUUGUCGCUGUAACAUGACAAAUUCCAAUUAGACUGUUAAAAUACAAGUUACAGUACGUUGUGCGCAUUGAGAUCCAGUAUUGUAAUGCACAUCUAUCUGGAAACAGCUGGAAAACGUGCCACAAGACGAAAAUAACAACUGGGGAACUUUAAACUGCAAGUGUGAAUGUAUUUAUUUCUGUUUAGAUGGGGUUCUGGGUUCCAGCUUUGUUUCAUUCACACAGUGGUGUGACAAUUUCCAAGUGAACCAAGUAAACCAUCUGAUAAACCAAGAAAGGCAGAAUUAUUGGUAAUUGGUUGAAAAUUUGGUGAGAAAGCGAUGGAGAAUGAAAUAACAACAGUAUUGAUAACAGCUUCAGUUUGUGAUCAACAAGCUCUGUGGGAGUUCUGUCUGUUUUUGUCUUUGUGACCAUCCCACUGUUUAUGAAAUUACAUUCUGAUUGAAUUACUCAUAAAAUCCCUACUCCUCAGCUCAAUUUUUAAGAGUCUCUGAUCAACCAAGAUCCUUUGCUGUUGAACUAUUAAACAUGUUUACUGUACAUAUUAUGCUCUAGUGUGUGAAAACCAUUAAGUUCACUGCUUCCUGUUGUUGGUUGAGUGUAAUUGCAAAGCAUGAAAACGGUUUCAUAUUCAUCACAGGUUAAAGUUUUUCCAGGCUUUGAAAUGAAAACUGUUAUAAUCAUAAUUGUAAGAAUUUAUACUUACGUCUAAGAUCCAAGUCUGUGGAAUGUAUGGGAAAGAAUUUUGAUUGAUGUAUUUGAUUGUUGUAUGUCAGGCCCACAUAUAGGGACUUUUCCUGGAGGCAGUGUUGAGGGUUUGUUGGACAACAGAAAGAGCGUGAGAAGCAUAUAAUCAAGUGCUUGUUUUGCUUUGGGGCAACAAAGAUGAUUAUUUCAAGUGUACACCUUGUGUGUGAAUGCUUUUACUUCAGGUAGAUAAUCAUGCAACGAAGGUGGUGUUGAUCAAGGGCCUCAAGGGUGUCUGUCAUGCAUUUUUCAUAUGUGCACAUUUUGCUGCCAUCACUUUGCAGCUAAUGACUGUCUUGACUCAAUCACUAAAAGAUGUGACAUUUAUUGUUGCAAAUAUUGAUGACAAGUUGCCUCAUUCAUGUGAGGAAUCCUCUUAGAGCUGUAGCAGCAAAUUCAGCAGCAGCAAACAGCUUGUUGGGAAUAACAGGGGCAGAACUGGAUGAUCAGUAUAAGCAGAAGCAGCCACCAUGGCUUAAGGGACAUAGAAUGCGGGAGAGGCUCUAAUUACUGAACAAGGACACUCAGUGUCACUCAUGUGGUGGCAGCAGCUCCCAUUCAGCUUAAUAGAAAUAGUAACGGCUGCAGUUUUUUUUUUAUCUUUGCACCAUCUGUAGGCAAUAAGAAUAACAGCUGCAUAUCUUGUUUGUUAGUUUUUAGCCACAAUAGCAGCGUGGCUGUAGGGGAGGCAUUGUCAGUCAGUCCACCACUUUGGUGCAGAUUGAAAUUUCUCAACAUCUGGUUGGAUUGCCAUGGAAUUUUGUACAAACAUUCAUGGUGGCCAGAGGAUGAAGACUAAUUACUUUGGUGAUCCCCUGACUUUUCCUAUAGUGCCAGCAACAGGUUAAAAUUUUUGUCUCUUAGUGAAAUAUUUUGAUAAUGCUUUGGAGUGCUAUGAAAUUAUCCAUGGUCCAUAGAGGAUGAAUCUUAAUCACUUUGGUAAUCCUCUGACAUUUCAUCUGGUGUCAUCGGCAGGGCACAAUUUGUCCAGUACUGUGGCUUAUUACUAAAUACCUGCAAAACGAAUGACACUGCCAUCCGCCUGAGCUGCAAUUUGUGUUCAGUGCCAAUUAGAAAAAGUUAAUAUUUAGUUAAUAUUUUCUGCUUAAUAAUAGGAAGAGUGUACACACUAAGGAUUGUCCUCACCAAACCUUUUUUUUUUUUUUUUUUUUUUGGAGGUUGUUGUGACAGUGGUGAUGUUUCAUAUUACUGAUUUUUGUUUUUAGGCAACGAGGUAAUGCUGAAUAUAAUAUUACAUACAAAAACAUAAUCAACAGAAAUAAUACUGCUGAAGCCUGAAGACUUAUUGCCUGCAGGUGGCACAAAUGUUAAAAUAAAUGUAGGAUUUGCAGCUCUAAACUGCUGCUGCUAUUCAUCUCCCCUCCUGUAGGCAGGGCAGACUGACAUGCUUAGAACUGGUCUACCAACAACUGAAUAGAUGUCUCUUGUGGGAAAUUUGAAACCUGCUAAAUGUAACCUUUAGUCACAAGCCAGUCCAUGGCAGUGCUGCACAUAAAAACGACAAUAAUAAUAAUAAUGGUCUUUUGCUCAUCGAGAGGCAUACAUUCUAAAACUGUCAAUUGUAGCAUUUUUUAAAUAACAAAAAGGAAAAAUGGACAAAUUGCUUUUAAAUUGUUGUAUGUUGAGCUAAUGUCUAUGUUUAGUCAUAGCUGUUACAUGUUUACUGUAAGAAAUAGUUUUCUGUAGUCAAAAUUAUUGAGUACUUUCUUGUAGCUACUGACUGUAAUACAUUUGCUAUGAUAUGGUUACAUAAUUUUAUAAAGACAUGUUUGAUACAUUUCUUACUGUAUAUAUUACCAUGUCUGUUAACGGUAAUGUGCCAGCUUAAGCUCUGGUGUCAUAAUAUUUGUGGCUGUAAAUCAGGCCAUGCUGGCAUGGCAGAUGAUGUAAAACCAGUGACAUUAAAGGGUACUGAUCAAACUAAUGCAAAAGGAUCGUGUGGGGGGUACAUUGCAAAACACCACAUUAAAGACCAUUCAUCACUAAAGAUCUUCCUAUAUAUUUCUAAAAAAUUGUAGAUUUUUACUAUAAAUGUAAGAAAAAUGGGAACUACUAAAAUAGGCAGCACAUGAAGAAAUUAAAAACAAUUAUCUGUAUCUCAUUAUGAUCUCACAACUGAUGAGUAGUCAAACCUUAUGGCAGUGCAGUGAAAAGGAUCACAUAUCCAUGUGUCCACAUUUUUGAAACUUCACUGCCAUCUUUGUAAGUUUAUUGUAGUUCUUAAUGUUGUUCUCUGUAUCCUGACGUCUUAUGGAGAUAUUCCAUGACCAGAAAAACUGUAAAAUUUGUAGCUAAAGUUUUGAACUGUCAGAAUUCAUGUAGUCAUUUGUAUUUAGAAAAGAAAAAAAUUAGGAUCAACUUGAAGAUUACAUUCAAGUUUGGUUUUUUGUGGUCACUGGGCAGAUCUACUGACAGACUUUGGAAGGUGUUAAUACUCACAUCAGAAUUACAUGCUGUAUGUUGCUAGUUUAUUCUCAUUGUCAUGUACAUGCAACCUACUUGCAACAAAUACCCCUUUUAAACGUCAUGUUAAGUUACUAAGUUUUAGGAUUGUAAAGUCUGCCAGUGAGGCAUAAGAUGUUUUUAUUCUGUGUUUUAUCUUAAGUCCAUUUUGUGUUGCCUCUGUCACGAAAAAAUAUUUUAGGGAACUAUUGAAUGUAAUGUAUAACAUAGAUCCAGUAUGUUCAACAAAGAAUGUAUUUCAUUUCAGGAGAUAUAACGUGGUAUAAUAAGGUAUAAAGGGGAUUACAGCGACACAGGCAGCAGUUUUAAAUUGUCUUUUAUAAAUCCUGUCUGGAAAUUCCCCAGCUGGUCUGGGCCCUGAACAUAAACUUAAGCUCACCAACAACUACACUACUGUACACAUUUUUUACACUGAUCUGUACAGUGAGGACAUUUGUACAGUGAUCAUAAACUCUUCUGUGCAUACUUUAUUCAGUGAAAGACUGAUUCCUGUGGAAACUGAUUUUUCAGAUGUUAUAAAUGUAUGAAUAGCAAACAUGCUAUAACACAGUGGAGAAUAAAUUAGAUGUUAUAACAAUGAUUUGUGAGUACAUUGUAUGUGACAGUUUGUGUUUACAUUACAUUCACAUAAAUGCUGAAAAGACAGAGAAGCCAGCAGUUUGUUUGAGACUGAAACUGAUCAUAUCUGCAGGCUUACAUUUAAUAUUGAUGGGGAAAAAAUGUUUUAAACGUGUUAUUGGUUCAUUUGUUGUAUUGACUUGUGUCCUGAAAUAAAAUUACU